AUGGAUGAACGAUAUUCAUAUAGUCUAUUCAGCAUUCCUUAUGCCAUAAAACCCUUUCAAUCCAAUCCAUUCAAAGCACAACUUUUAGACACACCUGAAACUCAUUCAUUGUUUCGUACUCAUUUGUCCAACAUAAAGCAAUCACUUAAUGGUUUGGAAAUAAAAUCAUUAACUACUGAUGAUCACAUAAGGAGUUUAUACAUUCUUUCAAUUUGUUAUAAAUUUGAACCUUUCAACAGUAAAUCACCAGAUCUUUCUCUGUACGCAUCAUCACUUAUAACAAAGAUUGUGUUUAAUGGCAACAAUCACUCAGAUUUGGAAAAGUCAGUAAGUCAAUUCUUUGAGUUAUUAACAAGUAAUGUAAAGACCUGGGAUAGCAAGGUAUACCAAUUGUAUUAUCUGUGCCUUGAAUUAUUGGUUAAGAAAGGUUACAGAUCGUUGAAGGGGUUUAGUGACAAUUUGUACAAGAAUUCAACAUUUGCUAUCAUAACACAGUUAACGAAAUUGUUCACAGAGGAUUUUUUGUGUAAUUUAGACCUUUACAAUGAACGUCAUGAAACGCACUAUGGGUCAGAUAGUGAUAAAAAGUCUUGUUACGUGUUUCCCGACCGUAAUCCAAGAAAUAGAUCAUUUUUACUAUCUAAACACUUAAUGGUUCUAACACAGCUUAUAGAACAUUUACCUAAUGACCACCAAGUUUUUAAUUCAUUUCAGUGGAUCAAGGAGUUCUACUCAAAGCUCUACAAAAUUUCCAAUAAAAGACUAUUCAUUUCGGGAUACAAACUUCUAAUUACCGCCUACCCAAACGAAAUAGCAUCCAAUAGUUAUUUUGGCAUAACAAUUUUGUUUGAAAAUAUCGCAAACAAUAUGGAUAUUAUUCAAACAAACUUGAUCAUUAACACUCUAAUUCAUUGUCUAUCGGAUCUAAAGUUUUCUUCCUUUGCGCAAAAGAGUAUAAAUGUCAACAAAGUGGCAUUUAUAUUCAUUCUUAACGCAUCAAAACUUAUUUCUACAGAUCAAAUUGAUGGGGUGAUCGAUAGUAAACUAUUUAAGCUAUUUUUUUAUUUGUUGAAUACAUUUACACGCACUCUUAGAUCCAUUGGCGCCAUACUACGCGGCGAUGACGUUAAGAACAAGAAUAUCUACUCAACUAUAAUCAAAAGUUUUGAUAUACUUAUCGACUACGUUCUUAAAUGCUCAGGAGGAGGUGAUAAUGUCGAAGCUUGUAUUCCGUUGGUGCUAGUUGUUUCUAUGUUACUAAAGAGUGCUGGGGGUAAAGGUCUAUCUUAUAUCCAGCAAGAAAAGAGGAGAAGUGUGGCUAAGAUGGUUAUAUCCAAUUUUUUUGGCAAGACUAGGAAUGUAAACCAAUAUGAGAGGGAUUAUUUUUCAUUAUUUAAUCUCUCUCUAGUGGAUGGGUUGUUAAAUUCGUCACUAAGAAAUGAUGUUUUGGAUGCUUUAAAAGAUAAAUGCGAUGUAAUCAGUGACAUUGUCUCGAGUAGUUUCAUAUCAGGUGAUCUAAAAACUGCUGCAGGGGGUCUAAUCGUGUUGGAUUACUUUGGCACAAAAUGUAGCGUUGAAAGGAAAGGAAUAGAGGCUGGGGUUUGCUUUGAGAAGGAUGUAUUUAUACGUUUUUUGUGCCAUUUGACUUCCAUUAAGUCUAGAGAGUCUGACAAUGAUAAUUUGCUGCAAAUUGGAUUGUUUGGUUUGGCGCAAAUUUCACCUCAAUUCUUACAGUCCUUAUCACAAAAUUACGUCAAACAGGUAUUUAAAGGGAUACUAAAAUUGUCUAACGAAACCCCUUUCUCUCCAUUUACAACCGCUAACAGUAAUUUUGGAUCAUUUAUCAUCCACUUCAAUGUAAUCCUACCGCUAGUGGCAAAUGACCCUUAUAAACAAUCUCUGUUCAAGGGCAUGCUAUCUCUGGAGAAAUGCGAUGUUUGGGAGAAUAAGAUUGAGAAUAUGGAAAAGACGUUUAACAGUAUGAAAAUUGAACUUCUCAAUAAAGUGGAGAAAGCAGAGAAGGAGCACGAGGAAAUCGCAAGUAGAUAUGAGCGGCUUGAGAGGGAAGCCCUUGAAUUUAAAAAUGCCCUAAAAUCGGCAGAAAAAAAUAGUGAUAGGUUGUUACAAGAAGAAAGGAGUAGAUUUGACGAGGCCAUAUCGCAAACCAACAAGCAGUUAAGCAAGGUUCAAAGUGAGCUAUCAACGCUCCACAAGGCCAAUAAGGAACUCCUACAUGAGAGAGAUAAGUUAUCAAACGAGGUUAUAGAGGCAAAUGAGAAUGCUAAGAUGCUUGAGAGCAAACUGAGCUCAUACAAGUCAAAAUGCGACUCCCUUUCUAUGCAAUUGAAAUCAUUUAAUGAGAUGUCUGAGCAAUUUAGAGUGUUGAAACAGGAACACUCGCGAUUAUUGAACGAGCAUUCAAAUGUUUCUAAACAUUUCGAGGAAUCAUUUAAAAAACUUAUUCUAAUGGGUCAUUGUUUUUAUACUCUCAAAAAGGAUACUAAAGAGAAGGAGGAAAUACUUGUACAACAGGGUCAUCAAUUAAGUUCACUACAUACACAUCUGCAAGAGAGGGAAAAAACUAUUAAUAAAUUUGAAAGUGAAUUGGAGCAGUUGGAACGCCUAAAACGAGAAUUGGAGGAGCAAUUAGGACGUUUGAAUGCUCAGAUUAAUCAAAAGGAGAGCCUGUUAACCAAAUCAAAGGCUAAAUGUGAAGAAUAUCGCACUAGAAUAGAGCAACUCGCCCAGACUCUUGAGCACAAAUCCCGGGAUUUUCAGGUCCUACAGAAGCAAAUUGCGGAGAAGGAUCGUGAUCUUAAUGGUAAACAGCAGCAGUUAAGAGCCAUCGCAAAUGUAAUCAAUGAUAUAUUGUGA